AUGGUUAUUGAUGGUUUCAAUCCAAAUCCUUAUACAUAUGUUGGAGCCAUAUCUACUUGUGCUAGUAUAGGCGACGCACGAGCUGGUAAGGAGAUUCAUGGAAGGAUUUAUAGACAUGCGCAAGAGUUGAAUGGCCAAGUCAGUAAUUGCUUGAUCAAUAUGUAUGGGAAAUGUGGUUCGUUGAAAUCUGCACUGCUUGUGUUUGAUGCAACUUUGAAGCUGGAUUUAGUUUCUUGGACUUCGAUACUUGCCUGUUAUUGUCAAUGUGGGGAAAAUCUAGAGGGGUUAAAGAUUUACAUACAGUCACAAAAGGAAGGAGCAGAGGUUAGGGAAUUUUCUUGUGCAAGUAUCUUGGGAGCUUGUGCUGCGCUUGAGAACUUGAAGGUUGGGAUGCGAUUACAUUCCCUUGUCAUCAAGUGUGCGCUUGGAUUAGAUAACUUCGUUAUGACAUCAUUGAUAAAUCUUUAUGCCAAGUGUGGAGAAUUACACUCUAGUCAUCGGGCAGUUUUGGAGGUGGACAAGCCACAGUUGCAGGCUUGGCCUGCAUUAAUGGGAGGCUAUGCUCAACAAGUAAAAGAAAGAGACGCCAUUGAUCUUUUCUACAAGUUCCAGAAAUUGUAUUGGAGUUUUGGUUUUGUAUUGGACUAUGUAGUUGAUGUAGUUGAUGUAGAAAUUGUAAAACAAUGA